AUGGAGCAGUUUUCCUCCCAGAGUUGUGGGUGCUCCGUUGCUGGAGAUUUUCAAGAAAAGAUUGGACAACCAUUUUUCCUGGAUGGUAGGGGGUUGGACUAGAAGACCUUCAAGGUCCCUUACAGCCUUAUGAUUCUGUUACUCUUUUGUGAAUCUUUUUAAAGAGCAAGCUUUUGCAAAACAAUCCCUCUAGACUGGAAAGCACGCAUGUGCUCAUUCCCACGUUCCCAACUAAGAAAAGAAAAUAAUAUUUGCAGGCUGAGAUGGAAAAUUCAUUAAAGAUUCUGCGCACAUUCCAAGCUCUCCAGCUUAAAUCGUUGUGCAUGCGAUGAACUGUUUUGUUUGACUUGGAGAAGUUGUUCCUGCCCCUCUUCCUUCACCUAGCUCCUAGGAAGCAUAAGAAAGCUAUCCAGAUUGGAUAGAGUGUCUCUUUCUUUGCCUGUUUCGGAAAUAUUCCACCUAAUUUUUCUCCCAACUUUUCUUUUCAGACUUGAGGGAGACAGUAACGCUGGAAGGCUAACUGAGGAAAACUGGCUAGUUUUAGGACCCUGUGAGCAGAUUGCUUGCCGAGAGUCCUAAAACAUCCCCAGCAUUUUUGAGAGCUUGUUGCUUAUUCAUUCAGAGCAGGAGCAAAACCAUCCAGCAACUGGGAUCCACCAGCCUCCUUUUCAAACAGGCAUUGAAGCAAUGUAGCAAAACCAAAAAAAAAACCAAAAAAACAAAAAACAACCCACAUACAGAAGACCAAAGUCAAGAAAAAGUUUUGAGGUUUUCUCUCUCUCUCUCUCUCUCUCUCCAGAGCCUCAUUCUUUGCAGACUUUUCUCCUCCACAACCUCAAGAUGAAAUUUGCCGAGAACAGCUGGGGCAUCUUAGCAGAAGCAAGGAAUGGACAGCACUGAGAUCGGCUUGCUAAGGGAAGCAGAGAAGGGAAGAAGCGACCCCUGGGCUGUUUCACGGAGGUGUUUCCCUGCUCCAACAAGCAUCCACCAAGGUCAAGCCUGUUGAUCCUGGCCUCCACCAUGACAGCUCACGGCUUCUGGGACUUCUGGGUGUUGAUGGUUUCUGGUGCCUUCCUGCUGGUCCGUGGACAAUAUCCACAGCAGGGCAGUGCGGACAAUGGUCACUGGAGGCAGAUGAUCCAAUGGGAGAAUAACGGAAGGCUCUACAGUCUCCUGAAUUCCGGCUCGGAGUAUGUCCCGGCCAGCCACGUAAGAGCCGAGAGCAGCGCCAGAGUGAUGUUGGCCGAUGCUGCCACCAACCAAGGACAGCGAAGUGCAGGGAACACUCGGAGACAGGCGCCAACUUUACCCAUCAGGUCAGGAUCUGAUACAGUCCGGGGACAGGCUAGGCACCCCUUCGGUUUUGGGCAGGUCCCGGACAACUGGAGAGAUGGAAGCACUGGAGACAGUAACUCCAACCCCCAUCGUCCAUGGUCAUCCACUCCUCGUCAGCGGCAGGUGGGUGCUGCGUCCUCUUCCUCUUCAUACGUCGCGUUUGGGCAGCUCUACCCACAGGGCUCCUAUCCUCAGCCCCCUUAUGCCAACCAGUAUGAAUCCUACGACUCGCAGGUGCCCCGGGCGUAUGACGAGAGCUACAAUUACUACCGUACCACUGGGACAGGAGCCGGUGCUGUGGCUGCCGCUGCGGCCAGCGCUGGAGUGGUGUACCCUUUUCAACCCAGAGCGAGAUACGAAGAGUAUGCAGAGGACCAGAAUCCCUACCGCGCUCAACCCUACGCCCCUGUCCAGGAGAGACCGUACGUGCCUUCUGCUCAACAGCUCCCAUCUCCGGAUGGCUUAGACCGACGCUAUUCCCACAGCCUCUACCAUGACACUGGAACGAGUUUUGACCAAAAUGUCCCGGAUUCCUAUGCAUCCACCCAGAACCAGGGCCAAGGAGUCCCUCUUGCAGAUAAUUUGCAUCUAAACCCUGGAUCGCCUUCCAGUACCGGUACCGGCUACGGGAAUGAGCCCUGGGUACGGCAAUAUCCUCCCUUUGGGCAGGUUCCUGAAGAGCCCUACGUCCCUGCUCGCAACGUGGAACCCCAGCCCCCUUUCCGGCCCUUAGACCCCCACGGGGUUCCUCGGCCUGAACCCUACCUUCCUAUCCGGAAUUCUGAAACUCCCCAGUUGAUUCCAGAUCACCAAGGGGUCAACCAAGGCCGAAUGAGUGUGGGCAGCAUCUACAGACCAAAUCAGAACGGACGUGGGCUUCCUGAUCUUGUACCUGACCCAAACUAUGUCCAAGCGUCCACGUAUGUUCAGAGAGCUCACCUCUACUCACUCCGUUGUGCAGCGGAAGAGAAGUGCCUCGCGAGCACGGCUUACACUGCGGAAGCGACCGAUUACGAUGUCCGGGUGCUACUGCGUUUCCCGCAGCGAGUGAAGAACCAGGGCACCGCAGACUUCCUGCCCAACCGAGCCCGUCAUACUUGGGAAUGGCACAGCUGCCAUCAGCAUUACCACAGUAUGGAUGAGUUCAGCCAUUAUGACUUGCUGGAUGCUACCACCGGGAAGAAGGUGGCAGAAGGCCACAAAGCUAGCUUCUGUCUGGAAGACACCACAUGUGACUUCGGGAACCUCAAGCGCUAUGCCUGCACAUCACAUACCCAGGGUCUGAGUCCAGGUUGUUACGACACUUACAAUGCUGACAUAGAUUGCCAGUGGAUUGAUAUCACAGACGUUCAACCUGGGAAUUAUAUCCUAAAGGUCCAGGUAAAUCCCAAAUACAUCGUGAUGGAAUCGGACUUCACCAACAACGUGGUAAGGUGCAACGUUCACUACACCGGGCGCUUUGUGGCCACCACAAACUGCAAAAUCUCCCAGUCUUGAGUUCAACCAGGAUGGCAACAGCCCUUCCACCUUCCUUAGUUGUCCCCCCGUCUUCCCGCAAAAGCCUCUCGCAAGGUGUGUAGCCCGCUACGAGGGACCGGCCUCACCGCACCUGGCGCCUACGCGGAAACGGGAGCUGUUCCACAGCUUUGUUUUUGAGACUAUGUUAAAUGAAACGUGUCACUUUAAUACUUUUAUAAAUACUUUUGUUCUGAA